CGGUGCUCUCAUAAUUCCGCCCUCUCAGGGCUUGUCCAUGUCCACUCCGUUCAGGCAUUUUGUCUUGGUUCAGUUUGCUGGAACGUCUUUCGUCCCCUUCUUACUCAUGCUCGCCUCGCCUCUGUCUGGAAUCGGCUUCCGAUAGUUUGUAUCACCAUCUCAAGAGCCAACAUAUCGUGACCGAGGUUGAGGGAUGCGACGCAACUCUCGAGACUGUUCACGACGUAAUUUGUGUGUCCCGGAUUGUGAGGUGCUCACGACGAGGCAUAUCAUACAGUGUAGCAGCUGAAAUGAAGUGUCUGGCAUGGACGAAACGAAUUACAUAUCACAGCGACCGUCUCUUCCUCGAUCAUACCGCCCGACGCUGGGGCCAGUACCGCGCCCUCGGAGCCAUAGGAGGACACUCGCGUUUUGCGCCAUGUUUCCAUAGUAGGGGUGGUAAGCUCAUCAUCCGAUGGAGUCGAUGCAGUGCGUCCGAGUCGAAAAAUCGGGCUCUGAGCCACACGCGAGACCAAUUUCGCGUCGUCAUCAGCUGUUGCGAAAUAAAACAAUCCGAGCCGUGGGUACUGGCGCUGAUCGGCUGGGGGUCGUACGACACUGCCGAGCGUUCAGCGCAGUGACCGUCCAGAAGUGGCCUCGUACCGGUGGAUCGUGGGCUUGUAAUAUCCGCCGGACAGGGCCUCGAGGGCGUCCCCGGCGUUGAUGAUCUUGAAAGGUAGCAUCCGUUUGAAGGAGUUUAGAGAGGCAGACCGAGACGCACCAGCCCGUUCUCGAUAUGUUUGACCUAUCGCCAUUUACCAUCCUUUCCGAGAAUCUGCAGCCCCGAAACUGGCUGACUGAAAAGCACGCCGAUACUCGUACUUCAGAUGUCAGUAUGACCCUUCAGCCAAUCAUUGUUCGUCUUAGCUUCGUAUUCCGCCGUCCGAGGAUAGCUGAGUACAUUUUGUCAUGAGCUUCGGGAGGAUCGUGCAACACCACUCAACCUACUAUUUGAUGAACCUGACCAGACCCUCGCGUA